GCUUCAGAAGGUAUAAAUACCGAUGCCUUGAAACUGUUCGGUCUUUUUGGGGAAGCCUAUUGUCAUGCGCUUUGGGUACUAGCAUUCGUUUGGGAUUCCAAAUAAUUUGAUUCGGGGAGAGAAGAGGAGCCUUGCCUGACUUGUGCAGUUAACAAUGCUUUGUUUGGCAGGGAGAUUAGUAAAGACAGGAAGAUGCCACCCAAGCGUAUAACUAAGAGAAGGUCAUCCCCCGAAGAUGCCCUCCCCAAAAGCAAGAAGGUGAAGGACCCUCGUAACCAGGCAGUGAGGGCCGUUGCCUCCCGCCGCGUUCCAGGCGCCCGCUCCUGCCAAGGUGCCUGCGGGCCGAGCCCUCCCGACCAGAAAGCCCGACCAGUCUCACAUAGGUCACACAACACAGAACCGGGUUUGGUGCUGACACUGGGCCAGGGCGACGUGGGCCAGCUGGGGCUGGGCGAGAAUGUGAUGGAGAGGAAGAAGCCAGCCCUGGUGCCCAUUCCAGAGGACAUCGUGCAGGCUGAGGCUGGGGGCAUGCACACUGUGUGUCUAAGCAAAAGUGGCCAGGUCUACUCCUUCGGCUGCAAUGAUGAGGGUGCCCUGGGAAGGGACACAUCAGUGGAGGGCUCAGAGAUGGUCCCUGGGAAAGUGGAACUGCAAGAGAAGGUGAUACAGGUGUCAGCAGGAGACAGUCACACAGCGGCCCUCACCGAGGAUGGCCAUGUCUUCCUCUGGGGCUCCUUCCGGGACAAUAAUGGUGUGAUCGGGCUCUUGGAGCCCAUGAAAAAGAGCAUGGUGCCUGUGCAGGUGCAGCUGAGUAUGCCCGUGGUGAAGGUGGCCUCAGGAAACGACCACUUGGUGAUGCUGACAGUUGAUGGCGACCUCUAUACUUUGGGCUGCGGGGAGCAGGGCCAACUGGGCCGCGUGCCUGAAUUAUUUGCUAAUCGUGGUGGCCGGCAGGGCCUCGAACGACUCCUGGUCCCCAAGUGUGUGAUGCUGAAAUCCAGGGGAAGCCGGGGCCAUGUCAGAUUCCAGGAUGCCUUCUGUGGUGCCUACUUCACCUUUGCCAUCUCCUCUGAGGGCCAUGUAUAUGGCUUUGGCCUCUCCAACUACCAUCAGCUAGGAACCCCAGGCACAGAAUCUUGCUUUGUACCUCAGAACCUGACAUCCUUCAAGAACUCCACGAAGUCCUGGGUGGGCUUCUCUGGUGGCCAGCACCAUACAGUCUGCAUGGAUUCGGAAGGCAGAGCAUACAGCCUGGGCCGGGCUGAGUAUGGGCGGCUGGGCCUUGGGGAAGGUGCGGAGGAGAAGAGCAUACCCACCCUCAUCUCCAGGCUGCCCGCCGUCUGCUCGGUGGCUUGUGGGGCCUCUGUGGGGUAUGCUGUGACCAAGGAUGGUCGUGUUUUUGCCUGGGGCAUGGGCACCAACUACCAGCUGGGCACAGGACAGGAAGAGGAUGCCUGGAGCCCCGUGGAGAUGACAGGCAAACAGUUGGAGAACCGUGUGGUCUUAUCUGUGUCCAGCGGGGGCCAGCACACAGUCUUACUAGUCAAGGACAAGGAACAGAGCUGAUGAAGCCUCUGAGGGCCUGGUUACCGGCCCCCCCCCCACCUCCCUCCUGGAACAAGGAAGCCGUGAUGUCUACAUAUUCCAGCAGACCUCUUCCAGCUCCAAGUACUCUGUCAUCUCCUGCCUUUUUCCCAUCAGCAGAAAAGAAUCCUUCUCUUUUUUUCCCCUCAUUUUCCGGAAUCAUCCUGGGACCUACAGGAUGAGGGUGGGAUAGAUGGAAGAGGGGAGGGGGUUUUAAUCAGAAGGAACAUUGCUGACCCCACAGCUAUGUGGUUAGACCUUUCCCCCUCAUCCCUACUUCCCAUGGUCCUGGCUGACCCUGGUUUUGCCUAUCAAAAACCAAAACUUCCUCCCCUGCGUGUUUGGUGCCCAUACUCUGAGAAGUCGGGGCUCCAUCAAGCCCUGCUCUAGUCAUGUGCCACUCUUCCUGUCCUUCACAACCCACAGACAGACAAAUGGUACAGUCCUGAGACCCAGCUGUCAUGGACCUAUGCCUGGGGAAACUGGAGAAGGGGCAGGGCUACCCAGCCAUGGGCAACCCCAAGCCAAAUAUUUGGCCCUGAACAGGUGCCCAUGGGGCAAAAAGAAAAACAGUGAUCCUCUGAUUGAUCAAGAAAAAAGCCAAUCAGCCUUUCUCCCAGAAGCGCAAAGCAUUCUGCCCUUCAGGCCUUGUCUGCCGAGUCUCACCCAUCCAACCUGCCUCACCUGCAGCCAAGGGCCUGAAAUCCAGAAAGGAAGCUAUGCCUGCAGGGCAGGACCUCGGGGAGAGGGGAAGGAGGGCUUUAUAAGCAAAUUUACAGCAAUAUUGAGAGUGAAGGGAGGGCGGGGAAGAGGGUUGGAGGGGCAGAGACUGGUCCCCAGAAAGGGAAGCAGUAGCUUGUACAGUGGCUGAAGAAAUAGAAGAGAGUAUUGAUUUUUUUUUUUAAUGUAUUUUGGAGGGGAGAGUGAAAUCUUUUAACACUUUGAAUAAAUUUAAGAGUUUUAUAAAACA